ACAGCAUAACCCUCUUUCCCUUUCUCUCUCUCUCUUUAUAUCUCUCAGCUUCAAAUUCUCUGGACAAAGCACUCUCUCUCUCUCUCUCUCUCUUAUAUGCCUCACAAAUUCACAUACAAAUUUCAUAUCUUCGUCUAUAAAAGAACCCUUCUUUCGAAAUCUUCCCGCUCGUUCCCCACUCUUCUCACUCUUUAAUUUGCUUUUUUUUUGUCCUUUUUCUUAUCUUCCUCGAUCAACGAUAAAAAAAACCCUAAUUCAAUUCUCCUCGUUCACAGAUCAAAACCCCUAAUUGAUUUUUUGCAAGGUCUGAUGAUUCUUGCAACUGCGUGUGAUCUAAAUAGUCGUAUUUAAAUCCCCAAUUCAUCUUUUACUUUUUAAAUAAAGAAAUAAUUUAAAUAAAAAAAAAACAAGAAUUCUAUUGAUCGCAUGAAAAAAAUUUCUCCCAACAGUUAUGUUCUUUUUAACUUUUAAGAUCUGGGUUUGGGUUCCUUUUUAAAUUUUAUUUUUAUGUUGCUUUUCAUGUAAAGAAAAAAAAAAUGCACCUUAUUGUUUGGGGUGUACUAAUUAAUGUGGAACAUUCUGGUUUUGUUGAUUAGAUAUAAUAUUUAGGAUUCAUGGCUGACCAAGGACUGGAAGGUAGCCAACCGGUAGAUCUACAGAAGCACCCUUCUGGGAUCGUGCCUACCCUUCAAAAUAUUGUGUCAACAGUCAAUUUGGACUGUAAAUUGGACCUUAAAACAAUUGCACUCCAAGCUCGUAAUGCAGAGUACAAUCCCAAGCGUUUUGCUGCUGUCAUUAUGAGGAUCAGAGAACCAAAAACAACUGCACUUAUUUUUGCUUCUGGCAAGAUGGUUUGUACUGGAGCUAAGAGUGAGCAUCAGUCUAAAUUGGCAGCAAGGAAGUAUGCUCGUAUUAUCCAGAAACUUGGUUUCCCAGCUAAAUUUAAGGACUUCAAGAUUCAGAACAUUGUUGGCUCUUGUGAUGUUAAGUUCCCUAUACGGUUAGAGGGUCUUGCAUAUUCCCAUGGUGCUUUCUCAAGCUAUGAACCAGAGCUAUUUCCGGGUCUAAUCUACCGAAUGAAGCAGCCUAAGAUAGUUUUGCUUAUAUUUGUCUCUGGAAAAAUUGUUCUAACAGGAGCCAAGGUGAGAGAUGAGACUUACACAGCUUUUGAGAACAUAUAUCCUGUGCUUACUGAGUUCAGGAAAAAUCAACAAUGAUAAUUGUCAAGAGCAGGAGCAGUGUUCUCGCAAGAGAAGUUCGUGGAACUGUAAAUAUUAAGGCAGAGGAGAUAUCUGGAUUGAUAAAAAAUUAAGACAACAGUUUUGUGUUGUUCUGUCUCUUUUUUUAUGGGUCUUGAUGUAGUUAAGUCGAGAGGAUAUCUGUUCUAUUGAAUUGACAUAUUAUAAAAUGAUUUUGAAAAGGAAGAAGGGAAAUAAAAUAGAAAAAAUAAAAUAAAAUGGGGGAGCCAGAUGGAAAUAACAUACUUAGUUCUGACAGUUUAGCAUCUCGUAAAGUUUUAAACUGUUUUUU